AUGUAUUGGAGUGCGUGUGAAGUGAUUCGCGAAAAUACAGUAUUAUGGAUUAUUUCUUCGAAAGAAAUUUCAAUCAAUCGAUCACUGUUAUCUCGUAUGCGAUCUCUAAGAGGGCCCGAUGAUAAAUGUGUUCUAUCAAAUUGUCGAUUGGCCCAAUUAUCGGGAGGGAACAAAGUGCUACGCGUGACGCAGCAUUCAGUAGACAAAAAGGAAAGUCAGUCGAUGGAAAGAAAGGACAGCAUUGCAUUAGCAUUACCAGGACAAACGGACAUACCGGAUAACAUGGUCAAAUCCGGUACAUCAAAGCAAGCAAUUGAAAAACAACAGGAACCUAAAAAUAGCAACAUUAAAAGUGAUGAAGUAACAACAAAAGAAUUAAAACCUGAUAAUAGCGACAUUAAAAGUGAUGUGGUAAAAAAAGAACAGGAACCUAAUAGUAGCAACUUUAAAAGUGAUGUGGUCGAAAAAGAACAGGAACCUAAAAGUAACAACAUUAAAAGUGAUGUGGUCAAAAAAGAACAGGAACCUAGUAGUAGCAACAUAAAAAGUGAUGUGGCCAAAAAAGAAACUGUAAUUAUUUCGGUAGUUACUACCGCUCCAGUAGCUAACCCGAUACUAAAACACGAACGUCGGCCCAAAAAACAUAUAAAGCCUACAAAAUCACUUGAUCUAGAAGAUCAACGUAAAGAUGUUGAACACAUUUUGAACCAAACAAAAUCUGUUUACACAACUAACACAGAGAUAAACAUACUGAAUGAUGCGAAACUGACAAAGGAUAUGGUUAUAAACUCCAUCGACAGUCUAAUACUCGAUUUGACGAAUGACGAUCAAGUGGAUUUGAAAACUUCUCAACGGCCAGAGGUACAGAAAACCCACAGAGAAGGAGUUCGAAUGAAUGCUACUGCUUUAAGAAGAGAAAUGCAUAUUAAAAACAAAGAUAUAAUAUCUACAAAAUCGCAUGAUCUGGAGGAUCAGCGAGAAGAAGUGGAGUUGGGAUCAGAGAACUUUGAAUCAGUUCUGAACCUAAUAAAACCUUUAGAUACAGAUAACAAAGAGAAAAACAUAUCGAAUGAUGUAGAGACAAAGGAUAUGAUCAUAAGCUCAAUCGACAAUCUUAUGCUUAAUUUGACAAACGACGUUAAAGUGGAGUUGAAAACUUCUCAGCGGCCAUCUGUACUGAAAACCCACAGAGAAGGUGUCAGAAUGAAUGCUACGGCUUUAAGAAGAGAACUGCAUAUUAAGAACAAACAACAAAAAACUAAUGAGAACACUAAAAACAAAGUUUAUAAAUUUUAA